AUGGAGAGAAUAGUGUAUUGUUAAGGUAUUCUGAGUUGAGACAACUUGUACAGUGAGUGUAACACAAUGGCAAGUACAUUAGGGCCUAAAAAUAUCUUAGUUCUCCCUCUUGCCACUGACUCUUUUGUAACUGGAAAAGUUACUUCCUCUCUCUAGCCUGUUUCCUUGUUCUUAAAGUAGGACUUGAAAAAAAUCCCUCAUGGGGCAUGGCUCUUCCCUCCCUGCCUUCGCUCUCUGCAGUCACUGGUGGUGUGCACCCAGGUGUACCUGCCACUUCCCUCCAUCCCGGCUUUUGUAUGUAGUCUGAGCCACGUGGGUCUCUUUCUCUUUCCUCCAGCUGCAUCGCUCAAUCCUGCAUUGUGUCACCUCGGUGUGGAGCUGGCAUUCUGGACGAUGUGGCGUGACUUCACACUGAUGCCAUUCCCUUCCCACCCAGCCAACCUUGCUUCCUCCUCCACCCGUGGAAUAAGCCAGAAUGCUAAAAGUGGGAGGGAAAAAGAGCACCAAGGUUAA